UCCUGCCUUGGAUCAACGCUUCAGGCUGCUGCUGGUCUGCUCCCGUGAAAGCAGAAGCCAUCGCUGAGAGAAAGUCACUCAGGUAUAAAACCUGCUCUGAAACCUACCAGAUGGAGGAAGUUACAGGAGGAGUCGACUUCCUCUAAAGCUGAAGACUCUGCAGAAACCUACAUGAAGCCAAGUUUCACUUCCAGGUUUCCUGCAUCCAAACAGAGAGAAGCUUCAGAAGCAGAUCAGACCUGCAGCUUCAACCAUCCGUCCAGAGAUGUGCUGCUCGGUGGCGCCCCCACUGGUCACUUUGAGUCCUGUGAUAUUUUUCCUGCUGCUGGCCGACACCUCGGUGAUGCAGGAAGAACUCUGGGAGGACUACAAAUAUGGCCGCCAAGGACUAGGGAUGAACUGCACCUGGAAAUGCAUCCUAUUUACCAUGCAGUGGCCAGGAGGGUUCUGUGAGUCUCUGUACAACGAGACUCUCUGCAGGAUUCCUGAGACUGUCAACAACUGGACCAUCCAUGGACUGUGGCCUCUUCAUGCUCUGGACUGCUGCGGGUGUUGGCAUAUGUUUCACUCCGACAUCCAGGACCUGGAGGCAGAGCUGACUGAAUACUGGCCAUCAUUAUUAAAAACCAAAUCCCCCUUCCAGUUCUGGAAGGAGGAGUGGAGGAAGCAUGGAUCGUGUGCAGCUUGUGUGGAAGGAUUCAACUCUCCACUAAAAUACUUCCAGAUCUGCCUGAAGCUACGGCAUCAGUUCGACAUCCACAGAUUGUUGGAGGCUGCUGGAAUCUCUCCGUCCUGUGAGCGGCCCUACAAGGUUGCGGAGGUGCAGAGAGUCCUGAGUCCACAUCUGGGGGACCGAUAUGAGAUCCAGUGUGUCAAAGACCACAUGGACCGACAGGUGUGGUUCCAGCUGAAGGUCCGUCUGCAUCGCAACCUGACUCUCGGAUGCGAUCACCAUGACGGGGAUCCUGUAGUGGAGUCCGGCCCAGGACCGCGCCCCUCUUCUGGACACCCCUGCCCGCCCGAUGCCCCCUUCUUCUACUUCCCCAUCAACCACCAGCAGCCACAGCGACCCUGCGGCUGAUGGCCUCCAUCACCAGAACAGCCGAACAUUUAACACGUUGCAAAUGUUUCAAAAUAUUCAGCUUCUCUUUUUUAUUUUCUCCAUUAAUGAAAUUGAUCUUUUAUUGGUUUAAUGGUUUAAAUGCUGUAAGCAGAGUGCAGACGGCUCACGCCACGGUGCUUCCUGGACCUGGACCCUGGAAUUUCAUCUUCAGCCAGUCUGGAACCGUCUGGGACCAAACUGGUUCCAAGAAAACUGGAAAGUCAUGAAGGAAAAUCUCUGAAUUCUGCAGGAAUAAAGAGACGGAUUCCGACCGAACACGACUGCAGCUUCUGUUCGAGGUUCAUUAAACCGAUUUAAUCCUUGGGUUUAAUUGAUUAUGAACUAGAGUUUGUGUAAAAUACUAAAUGUUAAAAUGCAGCUUUUUGUUGAUUUUCUUCCGUUUUUCUGCCUGUGAUGAAGUCGUGUUGAGCUUGGAGAAAAUUUCUCUGAAUUUCUAUUAAACAGUUAACA